AUGGAUGUAUCCAGGUUUAAGUUGAUGGCGGAUACAGGGUUGUUAUCUAAUUCUGUAACUAAGGUUUUCACUGAGACGGUUGCAGGUUCCAAUGAUUGUGAUGAUAAUGGCAAUUUGGGGGAUGAAGCUGGUAUUGCUAUUAUCCCACCAAAACAGGAUAGAGAAGAAAAGACUCCCAUGUUAGAUAUGAUAUCCCAAAAUAGAAGAAGCACUUUGGUUGCUAGUGAUGAAGUAUUACCUGAUGAAAUUCAGGAGGAGGAUUCGUUGUCGUUGGAAGGUGACCAGAUUGUGGAUAGCUCGUGUUCUCUUUCAGCAGUCAGUGAGAACAGUAGUGUGUGUGGAGAGGAGUCCUUCUGUUUAGAUGCUACAUCAGAUGUUGGGACACCUUGUUCUGCUGACGUAGAUAAGAGCGUUUGUGCUGUAAAUAUUGUUGCUGAGGGGAUUGACUUGGAGGAAUCAAAUGUUAACACAGAUAUGACUGAACCUCUUGCUGAGGCAGUGAGCCUUGACGGAGAGAAUGCAAUUAGAUCUGGCCCUAAGCCUUCCGAUGUUGUUCUUCAUCAUUUGCCUCAGGAAAAGGGGGUGAGUGGAAUGGUUGGUCGGAGUGUUUUUGAAUUGGAUUAUACCCCACUUUAUGGAUUCAUAUCUGUGUGUGGAAGAAGACCUGAGAUGGAAGAUGCACUUGCAACUGUUCCUCGAUUUUUAAAAAUUCCUAUUCAAAUGUUAAUUGGUGAUCGGGUGCUUGAUGGAAUAAACAAGUGUUUUAGUCAACAGAUGACUCAUUUCUUUGGAGUCUAUGAUGGCCAUGGUGGCUCUCAGGUUGCAAAGUAUUGUCAAGAUCGUAUCCAUAAGGCUUUGGCUGAGGAAAUAGAAUUUGUUAAGGAAGCUCUAAUCAGUGGAAGUAUGAAGGAUGGUUGUCAAGAUCAGUGGAAAAAAGUUUUCACCAAUUGCUUCUUAAAGGUUGAUGCUGAAGUUGGAGGGAAAGUUAAUAAUGAACCUGUUGCCCCCGAAACUGUUGGCUCCACCGCUGUUGUUGCUGUUAUUUGCUCAUCUCAUAUCAUAGUUGCAAAUUGUGGUGAUUCAAGAGCGGUUCUAUGUCGUGGCAAAGAACCCAUGGCACUAUCAGUGGACCAUAAACCAAACCGAGAUGAUGAAUAUGCAAGAAUUGAGGCAGCUGGAGGAAAAGUGAUUCAAUGGAAUGGUCAUCGUGUAUUUGGUGUUCUUGCAAUGUCAAGGUCUAUUGGUGACAGAUAUUUGAAGCCAUGGAUUAUUCCAGAACCAGAAGUUAUGUUUCUUCCCCGUACAAAAGACGAUGAGUGUCUCAUUCUCGCCAGUGAUGGUCUCUGGGAUGUUAUGACGAAUGAAGAGGUGUGUGACCUUGCUCGGCGACGGAUACUUCUCUGGUACAAGAAAAAUGGCUUUGAACAACCCUCAUCAGAAAGGGGAGAGGGAACUGAUCCUGCUGCACAAGCAGCAGCAGAAUACCUAUCAAACCGUGCCCUUCAGAAAGGAAGCAAAGAUAACAUCACUGUGACUGUGAUUGAUUUGAAACCCCAAAGGAAAUAUAAGAGCAAGUCAUGA